AUGUCGCGAACAACAACUCACAAGAAACAAUCCACAAACAGGAACGUCUCCGUCGACCGAGAAAGACUCUCUAAUGCCACAAUUAUCGGCCUUUUUGUUAUUAAUGGGAACUCAGUCCAAAUAAAACUGCCCUCCAAAAAGUCCAUUAACACUUUGGCUCAUCUAACUAUAGCCAAAGCAGACAUCAAUGGUGUUAAUGUCAAUACAUUAGUUCAGAAGCAGUACGUGUUUGAUCAACAUUUAGACAAGAAUGGACGUCGUGACUGGGAAGUAGCAAUAUUCAAUGCACUGUCGAGAACACUUUCUGGGUCUCAAUACAAACUGACGAAGAAGUCCAACACGACCAAAACAAUUAAGUUAAGAAUAUUCAAGGAAAUUGGUGGAAUGAAUAAAGAUGGCGUCGCUUUAUUUGGUAAAAGAAUCACUGAGGCUAUAUUAGCCCGAAAUAACACAGGAAAGUGGUCACAACAUUCUUAUGUCGAUAUCAAAGCAUUUGACGAGGAGUUUUGCAACAUCUAUAAGGACGUCCUUUCAGAUACCGCAAACGUUAACUCUUCAGUUAGAGCAUCCGCACCACUCUGCUCAAGUGUCGAAGAAUCUGAAAAAUUCAACGGAACAAAAACGUGGAGCGCUUUCACUGUCGCGGACUUUGGAUCGUACAAAGCUGAAUACGCGCCAUGGUUUUAA